GAUUCAGGCUUAGCUCGCUUUGAUACCGGCCAUCAGUGCAUGUUCGGACGUGUCAGAGAUGAGUAUCACAAUGUUCUCAGCUUUAUUUGCUAUUUGAGACAGUUUCUCGUUAAUAUGAUCGUCAGUUUCAAUGUUGAGCAAAGUCAAGUAAUUUACAACAUAUUGUUUAGUGAUUUGAAGUGAAAUAAUUGGAUUUUCAAUCAUGCCACUGAAGAAAAAUCAGCUGGAAGACUUUAUUUCAUAGAAGACAAAGCGUUAAAAAUAUCCAAAGUGUUGAGAACAUCGCCCAAAGACGACCAAUGACGUAACAUCAAUGGCAUAUCAAUUGGAGCAGCAAUCAACGAGACACCUACCGAAACUGUCGAGACAUUCGAAUCCCUACCACAUAAAGAGACCAAUGAACGCGUUCAUGGUGUGGUCGAGGCUGCAGAGGAAGAAGAUAUCUAUGAUGAACCCGAAACUGCACAACUCGGAGAUAUCGAAGCGACUGGGGCUGGAAUGGAAGAGUUUGGACGAGACGGAGAAGCGCCCAUUUAUAGACGAAGCGAAGAGGUUAAGGAUAAAACACAUGCAGGAUUAUCCGGACUACAAAUACAGGCCACGGAGGAAGAACAGGUUAGAUACAGCGGCGUUUUCUAAUCCAGCGCUGUACACGACCAGGGAGACGUUUGUGGAAGUGGAACCGCGGCAAGAGGCGAGCUAUCAGACGCUGUCGUACCCUGACCAGUUUGUUUACAACAACAUGAUCAGCUACUCCGUGCCUUCGUUGCCGCAGCCGACGUUUGUUCCGACAUCAAUGAGGCCUAAGGAAGAGACGUUGCCAAGUUUGGACCUGAGGCCCUUACCUUCGAUAGAGAGUAUAUCUCCCAGGCCUUUCGCAGUGGUGAACCAGCAGAUGAUGGUGAAAGCCUACCAAGACCUUCAUUACGUGCCCAGUGACGUCACUAGAAUCUCUUAUCACUACCCUUUUGGUGUGCAAUAGUCGCUUCUCGUUGUAAGUUGUUUUUGAGGCCAUAAUUUAUUGUUUAAGACGUAGCUAGUUCGGCUAACAAGUGUAACUUUGUUGUUUUUCUAUGUGAUUGUGUAGUUACAUAGUGCACUGCUGUCUGUUGGUUUCUUGUUCUAUAAAGUACAAUGUGAAAUGCAAUAGUUUUAAUGUUUCUCUAGAAAUUUUACACAUGUUAAAUUAUUGCACAUACCUUCAAGAGUUGUUAAUGGUUAAGUACAGAGUGUUUGGUGCUGAAUGGACUCAUUUUUUUAGUGUAUUGGGAGGUUAUUAGAGUCGAUCGUUUGGUUUAUAGGUAAAAGGCAGCUAACGACCUCUUAAAUCCCUGAAAAACUUGUGUCGGUCCAUGCACCAAACGCCCUGUAUAAGUAUUCGUAUCUAAUAACAGAAACAGGUUCAUUUCGACCACACUAGACAUAGACAGAUUUAUGUUUGACUAUAAUUUUUUAAGUACAAGUUAUGUUCAUACAAUUUAGAUAUACAAUCUAUCAUAUACACAUAGUGCAUCGUAAUUUACUCAGCAGAUAUAAUAAUUUUAUAUAAAAUGUGUAGAUAAAUACGUAUACAUAUGUAUAUUAUGUUUGAUGAACUUUAAUGGCAGCCAAAUUACACAAUAAUUAUAUUUUACACGUUGUACUUUGUUGCAGUGUUCAAUUAAAAUUGUACAUAGCUUAUGUGCAAACAAAAUGUCCUGUUGGUGCUUUUCUUUACGUUAAUUUUAUAGAAAUUGUAACAAUCACUGUUUUUCAAAAUCGAAUGAGUUGUACGUUUGUUGUAAGUACCAUUUCAAUUCGCAAUUUGAAAAGUCAUCAUAUGAAACAAAAUAAUUUUCUAUGUGCUAGCAAUAAAUUCUUUUAAAAAUA